GCUCAGGUCCAGGCGGUGUCGGCGAUUUCGGAGGCCGAUUUCUUUUACUCGGCCGUCCUCCAGGAGCGCAAACCAGAAGUUGCCCGCUGUCCCAAAGAUGUCACGUCUCCUGAGUAGAAAAUUGGCCGGGUUUUCGACUGGAGCUUGUCUCCGUCGGAGCUCGCGGUGCUACUCGUCUGCGAAGACGGUCCAGUUCGACUGGCAAGACCCCCUGGCCUCCAAAUCACUGUUUACCGACGAGGAAAUCGCCAUAUCCGAGACAGCAGAGCGGUACUGCCAGGAGCGCCUUGCGCCGAGGGUUUUGCAGGCAUACCGCGAUGAGCACUACGACAAGUCCAUCCUGGCCGAGAUGGGCGAGCUCGGCCUCCUCGGUGCAACCAUAACGGGAUAUGGCUGCGCAGGUGUCUCGACAGUGGCGAGCGGACUCAUUACACGAGCGGUCGAGCGGGUGGACAGCGGAUAUCGCAGCGGAAUGAGCGUCCAGUCGAGUUUGGUCAUGGGCGGUAUCAAUGACUGGGGUAGCCCCGAACAAAAGGAGCGCUUCCUACUCGGGAUGGCCAAGGGUCAGGUGUUGGGAGCUUUUGGCCUCACCGAGCCGAAUCACGGAAGCGACCCGGCGUCGAUGGAGACGGUGGCGCGGCCUCACCCGACGAAGAAGGGCUACUACAGCCUCAGCGGCUCCAAAACAUGGAUCACAAACAGCCCCAUUGCCGAUGUUCUGUUGGUAUGGGCUAAGACGGCAGGCGAGGACAACAAGAUCAGGGGAUUCCUAGUCGAGCGCGACCAGUGUCCGCCUGGGACUCUGGAAACGCCGGUGAUCAAGAACAAGACGGGGCUGCGGGCGAGCAUCACGGGUAUGAUACACCUCGACAAUUGCCCCGUGCCCGAAGCCAACAUGCUGCCGCUGGUGGCGGGGCUCAAGGGCCCCUUCACGUGUCUCAACUCGGCGCGCCUCGGCAUCGCGCUGGGUGUCAUGGGCGCGCUGGAGGACAGCCUAGCGCGGGCGCGGGCGUACGCGCUCGAGAGGCAGCAGUUCGCGCGACCGCUCGGGUCGUUCCAGCUGGUGCAGAAGAAGCUCGCCGACGCGGCGACGGACGCGGCGUACGGCACGCUGGCGGCGGUGCAGGUCGCGCGACUCAAGGAGGCAGGCGCCGCGAGCCCGGACAUGAUCAGCAUGGUCAAGCGCGAGAACUGCGACCGGGCGCUGCGCAACGCGCGAGCCCUGCAGGAGGUGUUUGGCGGCAACGCCGUCAGCGACGAGUACCACAUCGGCAGGCAUGUCGCUAACCUCUACGUGACGCAAACGUACGAGGGCCAGAGCGAUAUUCACAGUCUGAUACUUGGCCGAGCUAUUACCGGCAUCCAGGCUUUUGUGUGACCUAGAUCCCCGUAGACUUUGUUGUAAGGUCUAAUAAUAAAGGCCUGUGCCCCGUUGAAGUGUCAGCCGAACAAACAAACGUCGGGCACACGAGCCAUCUCUGCUCCCAACCGCCGCCACAGUGGCAUGGGUCCGCUGUAGACAUGGCAGGCUGACACACUGGGCGACUGCAAGAGGCUGCUGCAUUACUUGCAUCAAAAUAUUCUAGCCCCUAGACAAUCCGGGCCGCGGACCAGAACCUUGCUUCUCAUGCGAGUGAUAUUGGGCCGACAUCAAUAUCAGCGGUUGCAGCCUUGGGCGGCUGGGCAGUGUGGCUGCUCAAGUGUCAGGACAUCGCAGCCCCCCC